AUGAAGGAACAUGUGAAAGUAGUGACUUUAAGGAGUGGAAAGGAAUUGAUAGAAAGUGAACCUUUGAAAAAGAUUGUUGAGUCAUCCAAAUCACCAACUGAAAAUGAUGUCACAACACCCACUCUAGAUGUUGUUACACCUAUUUUGAAAAAUAAGGGAAAAUCAAUAGACAUAGGGAUACUCCCUAAGAAAGUUGACUUCCCCUUAAUAUUUCCAAAUGAGGGCAAAAAGGUGUCAUUUCAGGAUGAAACUUCAACAUCUUUCACCAACACUGACAAUCCUGACACAUCACUUGUCACUCCUAUAGUCAAACCAACCAACCAUAAAGCUAUUGAACAAAUGCCAAGUUAUGCAAAAUUUCUCAAGGACAUUUUAAGCAAGAAAAAGAAGUUGAGUGAAUAUGAAAUUGUUGCCUUAACAGAAGGUUGUAGUGCCCUCCUUUCAAACAAACUUCCCCAUAAGCUCAAAGAUCCAGGGAGUUUUACUAUUCCCUAUUUAAUAGGUGGGAAAGAGAUAGGAAAGGCCUUGUGUGAUUUAGGAGCUAGCAUUAACCUCAUGCCAUUGUCUGUUUUCAACACUUUAGGCAUUGGAGAAGCUAGACCAACCACAAUCAUCCUUCAGUUAGCUGACAAGUCCAUAGCUCACCCGAAAGGGAAAAUUGAGGAUGUGUUAGUCCAGGUGCAUAAAUUCAUUUUUCCUGCUGACUUCAUUAUUCUUGAUUUUGAGGCUGAUAAAGACAUUUCAAUCAUCUUAGGAAGACCAUUUUUGGCUACCGAAAGAACUCUGAUAGAUGUGCAAAAAGGUGAGUUGACUAUGAGAGUGAAUGAGUAA